AUGGUGAAUGAAAAGCGGCGUUCCCGCUCCCGGGAACGCGAUACCCGACCAGACCGUGACCGCGAAAGGGAACGUGACCGGGACCGGGAGCGUGAACGUGAAAGAGACCGUGACCAACGCGAACGAGACCGUGAGCGCGAUCGUGAGUGGGAUCGCAGGCGUGAACGUGAUCGAGAUCGACAUCGUGAACCACCGCAACGGGAUCGCCCUGGUGACCGGGAACGGGCCGAACGUGAGCGGGACCGUGAACGGGAACGGGACCGUGACCGAGACCGUACGGAUGAAAAGGACAAACCACGGAAAGACAAGCUGGAUGAGGAGCAAGAGGAAGAACAGAAAAAGGCGGACUUGAAAGCGGAAGUUAAGGCCGAACUCGCCAAGAAAGAGCCACUCUCGCUGGAGGAGUUGCUGGCGAAAAAAAAAGCGGAAGAGGCCGCUCGUAGCAAGCCCGUGUUCAUAACAAAAGAACAGCGUGCAGCGGAAGCGCUCAAGCGUCGACAGGAAGAGGUGGCCGCUAUGAAAGCAGCCGCUGCUGCAAAUGUGCCCAAGUUUGGUGAUGUUCCCGUCACAACGUUGUUGAACCGGGAAAAGCGUGACCCGCUGGAUAAGUACGAUCGCCGCGAGCGGGAACGAAAGGCCAUCAACGACGAGCGGGACAAGGAUCCGAAGGAUGCUGACAAAAGGCGAUCCGGAGCGGCAGGAACGGAACCGGAACCGGUCGUAAAAGAUAAGGAAAAGGAGCAGGAGGCGAUCCGGGAGCGGUAUUUGGGUAUUGUGAAGAAAAAGCGACGCGUGCGCCGUUUGAAUGAUCGUAAGUUUGUGUUUGAUUGGGAUGCUGGGGAGGACACAUCGAUCGAUUACAACAAUUUGUACAAGGAGCGACAUCACGUGCAGUUUUACGGCCGUGGACACGUGGCCGGUAUCGAUAUAAAGGAACAGAAGCGCAAGCAGAGCAAAUUUUACGGCGAUCUGCUGGAGAAGCGCCGUACGGAGGCGGAAAAGGAACAGGAAAAGGUGCGGCUGAAGAAGGUGAAGAAGAAGGAGGACAAACAGAAGUGGGACGAUCGGCACUGGUCCGAGAAGGAUGUGGACGAGAUGACCGAGCGUGAUUGGCGUAUAUUUCGGGAAGAUUACAACAUCACGAUCAAGGGCGGUAAGAUUCCGAACCCGAUCCGCACGUGGAAGGAAUCCGGCUUCCCGAAGGAAAUUUUGGAAAUUAUCGAUAAGGUUGGAUACAAGGAUCCGACUCCGAUUCAACGGCAGGCCAUCCCAAUCGGAUUGCAAAAUCGGGACAUUAUCGGUAUUGCGGAGACAGGUUCGGGUAAAACGCUUGCCUUCCUUAUUCCGCUGCUGACCUGGAUCCAGUCGCUGCCCAAGAUCGAUCGACUGGAAACGGCCGAUCAGGGUCCGUAUGCUAUCAUUUUGGCGCCAACGCGUGAGCUUGCUCAACAGAUUGAGGAGGAAACGCAAAAGUUCGGUACUCCGCUCGGCAUUCGUACGGUCGUCGUUGUUGGUGGUUUGUCCCGUGAAGAGCAAGGAUUCCGGCUACGGCUGGGAUGUGAGAUUGUAAUUGCCACCCCGGGUCGGUUGAUUGAUGUGCUGGAAAAUCGAUACCUUGUGCUGAACCAGUGUACGUACAUCGUAAUGGACGAAGCUGAUCGUAUGAUUGACAUGGGCUUCGAACCGGACGUACAGAAGAUCCUGGAGUACAUGCCAGUGUCGAAUUUGAAGCCGGACACGGAGGAAGCAGAGGAUGCGUCGAAGUUGAUGGAAAACUUUAACACAAAGAAGAAGUACCGACAAACGGUGAUGUUUACCGCUACCAUGCCACCGGCCGUGGAACGACUCGCACGCACCUAUCUGCGUCGACCCGCCACCGUCUACAUCGGCUCGAUCGGUAAACCGACGGAGCGCACGGAACAGAUCAUACACAUCAUGGGCGAGAACGAUAAGCGCAAGAAGCUGAUGGAAAUUCUAUCGCGUGGCGUCGAACCACCGUGCAUUAUUUUCGUCAACCAGAAGAAGGGUGCGGACGUGUUGGCAAAGGGACUGGAAAAGUUGGGCUACAACGCAUGUACGCUGCACGGUGGCAAGGGACAGGAGCAGCGUGAGUAUGCGCUCGCUUCGCUCAAGAAUGGUUCGAAGGACAUACUGGUCGCGACGGACGUGGCUGGUCGUGGUAUCGAUAUUAAGGAUGUAUCGCUCGUCAUUAACUACGAUAUGGCGAAAACGAUCGAGGACUACACGCAUCGUAUUGGUCGUACGGGUCGUGCCGGUAAGACGGGUUGUGCGAUUUCGUUCUGCACGAAGGACGAUAGUCAUCUGUUCUACGAUCUGAAGCAGAUGCUUAUGUCCAGUCCAGUGUCGGUAUGCCCGCCAGAAUUGAUGAACCAUCCCGACGCACAACACAAACCGGGUACGGUAGUGACAAAGAAGCGAAGGGAGGAGAAAAUAUUUGCAUAAAA